GCGUCACUUCCGGCUGUGAGAAAUGGCGGGCGGUGGAGACAGAAUGGCGGAGCUGGAGGAUGGCGAGCUGGAGUCAGAUCAGGAGGAGCGAGUGCAGGUGUCAUAUUUGCAGCGCACAGGUCCGUCUCUGAGCUCUGCGUCCGUCUCUGGAUACCGCAGCCUCAAGAACACCGACUCCAGCGACAGCGACUCUGCGUCUGAAGACGAGGCCGUGCCCUGGAGACAGAAGCGGCUCUGCAGCUCCAGCGCUCCCUCCGGACGCAGGGUCAACAACAUCUGGGGCUCCGUGGUGCAGGAGCAGAGCCAGGAGUCUGUGGCCGCAGAGCUGGGCAUCAUGGGAAUGGAGGGCAGCGUCAGCAUGAGCAGUCGGCAGAGCGAGACCUAUAACUACGUCCUGGCCCGCAAGAUGAUGGAGAAGGAGCGCGAGGAGGACGAGGAGGGCUUGAGGAGCGUGCUGGACGGGGAGCUGGAGGGCUACAUGCAGCAGAAGAGCUGUCUGAAGAGGAAGCGGCCUGCUAAGGAGAGGCUGGGCCCACGGGCCGAGAUGGAUCCGAGGGGCCGGUACCAGCUCCGGGAGGACGACCCUGAAGACAGAGUGGUGGAUGAGAUCGCUCACAGACUCAUGGAGCCGAAGAAGGAUCUGAUCGAGCGAGUGGUGAGGGUGAUAGGAAAGAAGAAAGCCAUCGAGCUGCUGACAGAGACCGCAACCAUUGAACAGACUGGAGGACUCUACACUGUGGAUGGUAGCAGGAGACGGACACCGGGGGGAGUGUAUCUGAACUUACUGAAGAAUACACCCAGCAUCUCUGAUGGACAGGUGAAGGAGAUCUUUCAUGAGGAGAACCAGAAAGAAUACAACAACAAAAAGUCAGCUAAGAAGCGACGGAAGCGAAUAGUAGCAAAGAAGAUGAAGCAGGCCAUCAGCACGCUCAACCUCCAGGAGCAUGAUGACGUCUCCCGAGAAACGUUUGCCAGUGACACUGAAGAGGCUCUGGGCUCGCUGGAGGAGGCCCCCGAGGGCCCGCCGGAGUCUGCACUGGGCACAGAGGACAACCCUGUCGUCUACAGCUCAACUGACCUCGAGGUUUUCUAAUGCAUGAGCAUGCGUGCUGUUUCGUGCUGCACGGCCCCUUCUAGUUGUAGCCUAAAACAGCUGGGAUUGACUAAACUAAAGAUGAAAGACAACAGUGGGUUUGUCCUGACAGGUAGCACUUUAAGUUCUCUGCUGGUUGUUGAAAGACUGUAAGCAGCAGGCAAAGCUUGUACAGAUCUUCUACAGGAAUUCUUGCCUGGUUAAAAUGUUGUUGAUAAAUUGUGAUCUUUCUGUUUAGAUAUUUUGCAAGCUUUUGAUACAUUACUGCAUUCAUGGGAAAUUAAUUGCAGCAAGAAAAUAUACAUUCACUUAUUUCAGAAGAAUACAGCUUGUGUUUUAGUAAUCGGAGAUGCUCUAAACGUUUGUUAAAGGUGCAUUGUACAAUAAAGCAGUACAUGCUUGAUGUGUAAAAGGCAAGCUCAGCUUUUGGUGCGUGUCAUUUGUCAUACUGCUCUCAAAUAUGUCUGUGGUUUGCUAUUUUUACUUUGUGUUUUUGCUUUCACUGUGGUGCAAUUGAGCUGAAUAGAUGAACAUUCUUGAACUGAUAAGUGUCAGUACAUGCUCAAAUUAAAAAGCAAUCUAAGUUUUGUGAUUAAUGGUAGCUUCUCUGAUCAGGUU